UCCGUCUGCUGUAAUAAUUAUAUUUUGUUUUUAUAUUUAACAGAUGCGUGCAUAGUGAAGAUGUUAAUGUGUAGUUCGGUUUACCGUUAAAACAUCACGGUAAUUUCAGCCGUUAAAUGUCGCCUGUGAUGCGGAGGCAGAAGCUGCGGGUGGAAAUGGCGGACGGAGAGAGACAGUUGGUGCAGAAUCGGAAAAAAUGAUCGAAUCCGAAACAACACCGACUUUCAUUACUAGCCGUAUGCGAUAAAAACGCGCGCGCUCCGGACAUCAGAUUUCACUGAAGUGGACGCAUCGCGUUUAUUACGGUCGGUGUGUUUAUUAUCACUGCGGGUAUAUAAAGCAUCACAUCUAAUAUGCUUAUAUACCCGUUCUUAUUCGCUAUCUCUUCCAUAUGUAUAUACUGUAAGUAAUGAUAGAUGCUCUAUUGUGUAAUGUGGUUUAAUGCACAGGAACAUUAACAGAACUGAUUCGGCCUGUUUCUCCUUCCACCACAGGCCUACUGCCAAAACAACGCAUUACACACUACAAAAUAAACACACUGAUAAUAUGUUUAAUAAGCAUUUAAAACACACACACACACACACACACAGAAAUGUUUCAUGUUUGCAUGCAUCUCUCUCACACAAGGCAUUUUAUUUGUGCGUAUAGAAUUAGAUAUAGAGCUGAGCUAUUCUUAGUUGAUUUGAUCUGUUUUAUUUCUGCUCAUUUUAUAGAUGGUCCUGACAGCAUCUAUGGACACCUGUGUCCUUCACCAGACUCUGAGUGGUCAGACGCUGUCGCCAUAGCAGCAGUUCUGGAGGAAGCAGAGGAGCGAGUGUUUCGGUGGCGCCACGCCCUGCUGCAGGGUAUGGAGUACCACAGUUCUGGGACGUUGCCCCUCUUGGGCAGCCCGCGCUACUGCCCGGGAACUAACAGCGCUAGCGGCUACCUCUGCCAGACCGGCCACUGCUGCCAGGAGACGGGCUGCUGUACCUACUACUAUGAGCUGUGGUGGUUUUGGCUGCUGUGGAGUGUACUCAUCUUGUUUAGCUGUUGUUGUGCGUAUCGUCACCGUCAGGCGAAGCAGCGCGUUCAGCAGCAGCAGAGACAGAGAGAGAUAAACCUCAUGGCAUAUCACGGAGCCUGCAGUUACCCGUCCUCGAUGUUUGACCUCAGUUUCCUUGCGUCCCUCAAACUGCCAUCUUAUGAGGAAGUAGCUGCCCAACCCAGCACCCCGCCCCCUCCCUACAGCUCUGUCACUUAUCCACGAGGCUCUGCCCACCCUGGCCCAAGUCACAUGCUGUCAUCCCAGAGCUCUGACAACUACACCAGCUGCUCCUGUGACUCCUGCUGUCCGUCAUCCCCCUGUAGCUCCUCCCCCUCUUCUGCUCAACUCACAGAUGAGACGGACACAAGCCACGCCUCCACACCCUCCCUCAGUGAGCCUGGUCACAGCCACUCCACAGCAGCGGCUACACACGGCGAGACUGUUUCAAUGCCGCCAAUCAAUGAAUGCAGCCAAUCUCCUACGCUCAGCACAGCAGAGGUACUGGAGGCAGAGCUAAUAGGUUCCACCCCCUCGGAAUGCAACGGCAACAACACCGUCACCCUAAUCAGCAGCAAGCUUUUGAAGAAAAGCACAGAUAAUGCUAGUAAUGCCACGGAAAUAUGUAACGCAUCUCACGCUAAAAGUACUAGCAAUAUUUGCACCACUAGUUGCUCAAACAACUCCAGCAGCGUUAGUUCCAACAUUAAUCCAACAUCUAAGAACAUCACCAGCUUUUCAAGACAAAAUGCUACAGCAACCGUUCCUCUCGCCUCAACCCCUUCGCCCUCUUCCUCGUCUCUCAAACUCUUUUCGAUCUCUGACCAGCAAAAUUCCGCAACACAAGGGCCUGUACAAGACACCCCCUUUGCCCCGCCUCCACAGUCUCCUCCCAGAUCCGCCCUCUUUUCUCCUGGCGUGGAAACCGAGCGUCGCGAUUCCGCCGUGAGCGACUUGGACGUGGACCAAAUGCACUUCCAGCAGCGACGGCUAACUGGUGACUCCGGCAUCGAGGUUUGUCGCUGCCGUGUUGAGCAGGAAGAAGAGGAUGAGGAUGAAGAUCAGUUACAGACAGAGUCGGCUGUUGAGCCAAACGACGGUCUACAUGACAGCCCAGACUGUUCUGCUAGAGCCAGACAGUCACCGGCGGAAGGGGGCGGAAAAGAGGCGUGGCCUGUCUCCCCGGUCCCUCUGCCGGUGGAAGCAGUCGUUAUUGCCAUGGAAACUGACUGAAGGUAAAC